AUGGCCUCGGAGCUGGCCCUGAGCGGGGCCGAGCUGCCCACCAGCCCGCUGGCCAUCGAGUACGUCAACGACUUCGACCUGAUGAAGUUCGAGGUGAAGAAGGAGCCGGCCGAGGCGGAGCGCUUCUGCCACCGCCUCCCGCCGCCCGGAUCGCUCUCCUCCACGCCGCUCAGCACCCCCUGCUCCUCCGUGCCCUCCUCGCCCAGCUUCUGCGCGCCCAGCCCCGGCGGACAGCCCGCGCCAGGCCUCGGAGCCCCGACGGCAGCAGGAGGAGGAGGAGGGGGAGGAGGCGGCGGCAACGGCCUUGGGCCGGGCAAAGCGGCGGCGCAGCUGGAGGAUCUCUACUGGAUGUCGAGCUACCAGCACCACCUCAACCCCGAGGCGCUCAACCUGACCCCCGAGGACGCCGUCGAGGCGCUGAUCGGAGCCCCGCACCACCCGGCUGCCGCCCACCACCACGGCCACCACGGGCACCACGGCGGGCCGGGCGGCGGGGGAGCCCCCGGGGGCAGCUUCGACGGCUUCCGAGGGCAGCCCUUCCCGGGCGAAGAGCUGGCGCCGGGCUCCACCGGCCCGCACGCGCACCCGUCCCUGGCUCACCACCACCAUCACCACCAUCACCACCACCACCUGCACGCGCGGCUGGAGGAGCGCUUCUCCGACGAGCAGCUGGUCUCCAUGUCGGUGCGCGAGCUGAACCGGCAGCUGCGCGGCUUCAGCAAGGAGGAGGUGAUCCGGCUGAAGCAGAAGCGGCGGACGCUGAAGAACCGCGGCUACGCCCAGUCCUGCCGCUACAAGCGCGUCCAGCAGCGGCACAUCCUGGAGAACGAGAAGUGCCAGCUGCAGGGCCAGGUGGAGCAGCUGAAGCUGGAGGUGACGCGCCUGGCCAAGGAGAGAGACCUCUACAAGGAGAAGUACGAGAAGCUGGCCGGGCGCGCCUUCCCCGCCGCCCCCAACGGCGCCCGGGAGCCCCCGCCCCAAGCCCCGCCGCCCCCCGGCCCCGCCAAGCCCGCGGACUUCUACCUGUGA